UGUGAGGUUUGUGUUGGUUUACAAGUGCAGAUAUUGUGAAUCACAUUCCACCCUGUUAGAUUUCCUUCACACCAUUGAAUUCAGUUUAUAAUAAGAGCUUUCAUGUCCAAGGAAAUGAAGAGGAACUCAACAAAGCAACCAAACGUCUGGGGCCUUUCUCGGAAAUGUGUCAGGGGGAAGGCAUUAAGAAGCAGUCCAAGUACACAACUGGGACAAAAGGCAAUGUAAGUGAAAGGCACCUACUCCGGCCAUCAAGGAGAUCUCUACAGCACAUUUCAUUAAGUUGUGAUCCAGGCAGCUUGACAGGAGGACUCACUCCACCCAUCAUUUUGUAUAGUGAGUUUGGACUGUGACCUUGCCUUGGAAAUGCAGCUUGACAGAAGAUCUUACAAAACACACCUUGAUUACCUCCCACUAUUUACCUCUGCACUAUAUCAAUGUGAGGAACCCUAGGAGAGUCACAUCUUCAGAACACUUCGCGAACACUUCACCUUCUGGAAUCCAACAGAGAACUUGGAUUCAUAAAUCCUCUUUUUAUUCCAUCUGCUUCACCAUAUGAUGGCACCAUGUAUGAAGCAUCUUCUGAGCUACAAGAGGUUUUUAAUUCUGUUUGCAACACCUCUGCUGUUGUUACCUCUACCACUUGUUAUCCGCACCAAGGAAGCAGGUUGUGCCUUCUCGAUAAUCCUCAUGGCUGUGUUCUGGUGUACCGAGGUCAUACCCCUUGCAGUCACUGCUUUGCUGCCGGUCUUGUUGUUCCCAAUGUUUGGUAUUCUGGAAUCAAAACAGGUUUGUAUGCAGUACCUGAAGGACACUAACAUGUUGUUUGUUGGAGGAUUAAUAGUAGCGGUGGCUGUGGAGCACUGGAACCUGCAUAAGAGGAUUGCACUGAAGGUUCUUCUCAUUGUUGGAGUUAGACCUCCCUUAUUAAUGUUGGGGUUCAUGGGAGUCACCGCGUUCCUGUCUAUGUGGAUUAGCAAUACAGCAACCACAGCCAUGAUGGUCCCUAUAGUUCAAGCCGUCUUAAGUCAGCUCAGUAAUACCAAUCAGGACCCUUCAAUUUUGGAAUCAGAAGGACAGACAAAUCCUGGAAUGCAACUUGAUGAAAAGAAUGCCAUUCCCAUGACUGAUGUGUUGGCUGUAGCCAAUGGACAUACACAAGAUAUUUCCUUAGAAGAUAAGGAAAGAAAGGAGCAGAAAGCCAUUAACAAAAGCAUGAUGCUGUGUGUAUGCUACGCAGCCAGCAUUGGUGGGACUGCCACAUUGACGGGAACUGGGCCAAACCUCGUUCUUAAAGGACAGUUAACCUCUAUUUUCCCACAAAAUGGAGAUAUAAUAAAUUUUGCGUCUUGGUUUGGAUUUGCCUUCCCCAACAUGAUGGUGAUGCUUUGCAUGGCUUGGUUCUGGCUCCAGUUCUCAUUCAUGGGAUUGAACUUCAAGAAGACAUGGGGCUGUGGCGCAACACGAUCAGAGAAGGAGCAGGCAGCUUAUAACGUGAUCCGGGACGAAUUUCGCAAGCUGGGUCCUAUUUCUUUUGCAGAAUCUAAUGUACUUCUACUCUUUACUCUUCUGGUCAUCCUUUGGUUUACAAGAGAUCCUGGCUUUGUAAAAGGUUGGGCUACUGUGCUCUUCAAUAAAGACAACAUCGAGUAUGUAACAGACGCCACGGUUGCAGUUUUUGUAGCUGUUCUUCUUUUCAUUUUACCAGCAAAAAGCCCCAGAUUUUCAUGUCACAAACAAAACAGCUUUGAUCUUGAAGAUCCAGAAGAAGGUAAAACUACAAUCCAAAGACAUGAGCAAUGUUGGUCUGCACCAUUACUGACUUGGAAAGUGGUUCAUCAGAAGAUGCCAUGGAGUAUUGUAAUUCUUCUAGGUGGUGGAUUUGCCUUGGCCAAGGGGAGUGAUGCUGCUGGACUGUCAACUUGGCUUGGUGAACAGAUGACAUUUUUGCAUAACAUUCCAGCAUGGGCCAUUGCCAUCAUCUUGUCUUUGAUGAUUGCUGUCUUUACUGAAUGUGCCAGCAAUGUGGCCACAGCAACCCUCUUUCUUCCAAUUCUUGCCUCCAUGGCAAAAUCAAUCAAGGUAAACCCACUGUACAUUAUGAUCCCUUGCACUCUCAGCACUUCCUUUGCGUUCAUGUUACCUGUGGCCACACCACCGAAUGCUAUUGUCUUCUCAUAUGGACAUCUUCACGUGUCAGAUAUGGUGAAAACUGGCUUUGUUAUGAAUAUUAUUGGUGUAUUAUGCACCACUAUAGCCAUCAACAGCUGGGGUCGUCCCAUGUUUCAUUUGGACACUUUCCCUAUAUGGGCCAACAGUACGGAUGGACUAUAAUGGAAUUCAGUAAAGUCACAGUCAGUGCCCACAAUACAUGGCUGCAAUAAUCACUAAGAAGACUAUCAUGUGGGUAAAUACAUUUGGAGGAUAUAGAAAUCAUAUUCCCCUCACAGAAUCAAGACCAGAGACAAUUGAUGAAAAGACACAAAUAUGUAGAUACAACAAUUAUACAAAGACCUUGGACUGAUUACAUAAACUAUUUCCUUAUGAUACAUAAGGGUAACAACACAAGUGUCCCCAUUUUGUAAAUACGUAUGUUACACAAGUUGCUAUUAUAUUUUUUUCUCUUUUUUAGUUAUCAGUUGCAGAAUUUAAUAUGAAAUCCUUAUGAACCUGUCGAUGGGUUCCAGUUAAGGCAACUUGUCUUUCAGCUCAGACCUAUCAGAAAUUUGUCUUCCUUGAGGGGUUACUCGUUUUCGUUGUCUACAUGUUGGCAAUGUCUCUUUUCUGAGAGGUGGAGCAUAGACUACUGGAUAAUAUAGUGCAAAAAAGUUCUCCUCCAUCUGUUGUUUACUGCCCAGUUUAAUGGGCCUUAAGUUUCCAGCUAUGUACAUAUAUUUUAGAUGUAAAUGCUUGGUAACAUACCACUCUCAUAGUAUUCUUUCCAAUAUUAACUACAGUCUUCAAAUGACCAAUGACAUUAUUAAAUAUUUGUUUAAAAUAUGUAAUAUAGUAAAACUGUUUGAACAUCUGUAAAAUGUACAUAGAUUCAUUUCUGAUUUUUUAGAUGUGUCCAUACUUGCAUUGUUGCCAACAUGUGAAAUUUAUUUUAGGCAUGCCUUAGCUUUGACAAGGCAUAGUUUAUUGGGGAGUGAUUUAAUAUGAGGCAGGCUUUGUUGGGCAAGGCUAAACUAUAAGGACAAUACACCAAGUACAGUAUAGAGGGUACCCUCAGACGACAUUUGCUGAAAAGCCUAACAUUUUAUCACUCAUUAAUCAUUCACACCAGAUCACUUAAAGUGUACAUGUAGUCAACAAAAAAAGUCUAUAUAAUUUAGACAAAAACAUUAUAUGUGUAAUAUACAUUGGUUAAAAAUGUGCAUAUUACAUGUGUGUCUCUGUGAGGAGCCCAAAUACAGGAAGUGAGGACAGGACAAGCAGGGCUCGGUGCAGACUCCUGGCUUGUCAAUCAUCCUCAUUCCUCAUGUAUGAGCCCACAGCAUGUCACAGAGCCUCAGUGUACAGAGCCCUGCUUGUCCUCAGUGUACAGAGCCCCGCUUGCCUCAGUGUACAGAACCCUGCUUGACCUAGGUGUACAGA